GGGAAGCGGGAGGGACUAGGCCUUCCGGAAAAGGAAACGCAGGGCGCGAGGGGCGGGGAAGGGCAGAAGGGAUAAAAGCGCAGCCGCUGGCCCCGCGGCGCUCACGGCCUCGGGAUCCCACUGGGUGCUCAGUAGCUCCAGCCUCUCGCCUGCGCCCCACUCCCCGUGUCCCGCGUCCUAGCUGACAAUGGCAGGGCCUCUGCGCGCCCCGCUGCUCCUGCUGGCCAUCCUGGCCGUGGCUCUGGCAGUGAGCCCCGCGGCCGGAGCGACUCCCGGGAAGCCGCCGCGCCUAGUGGGCGGCCCCAUGGACGCCAGCGUGGAGGAGGAGGGUGUGCGGCGUGCCCUGGACUUUGCCGUCAGCGAGUACAACAAAGCCAGCAACGACAUGUACCACAGCCGCGCGCUGCAGGUGGUGCGCGCCCGCAAGCAGAUCGUAGCUGGGGUGAACUACUUCUUGGACGUGGAGUUGGGCCGAACCACAUGUACCAAGACCCAGCCCAACUUGGACAACUGCCCCUUCCAUGACCAGCCACAUCUGAAGAGGAAAGCAUUCUGCUCUUUCCAGAUCUACACUGUGCCUUGGCAGGGCACAAUGACCUUGUCAAAAUCCACCUGUCAGGAUGCCUAGGAGACCCUGAUGAACAGACUGAGCAAAAUGCUGCCUUUCCUGAAUGGCUACUAGGCAGGAAAUGAUGCUGGGAAGUGUUUACCCCGCAGGCUCUGUGCCUUCUCUGACUGGGCAGCUCAUGCUGUAUGCAUGAAGGCAUCAUUACCAAACACACCUCCGAGGCCAGCGGCCAGCCCAGCGUCUGACUCACAAGCUGUGACUGUCCCACCUUCUUACAACAACGAUAGCAGUUUCCCCGUGAGGAUCCACCCCUCCUCCCCUCUCACUCCGCCUGUUUCCAGGGAAGCUGACUCUACUGUUUGGACCACAGCUUGGAGCACUUGACCCCGGCUAAACUGGUCAGGGCAGCGGGUCUCCCUCCCCUGAAGCCUCAGUGAUUGGCGUGAGGACAACAGUGACCUAUGUGUGGCCGCCUGGGACCCAGGAGGCUUAACAGAGGGAUUUUGUUUGACUAUGUGAUAAGUGGGUUCUUCCUUCCCUGCUGAGUGUGAAGAUAAAAAAGACAUGAGGUCUGGGGCCCACUUGGAGCCUGUUUGAGAAUGAAGCCAAGUUAUGGGAGCAGCAAAACUAAAUCAAGAGACAGCAGGGAAGCCAGGCCUAGCGGUGCACUCCCAGUUGUUCUGUAGGCAGAGGCGGGAGGACUGCUUGAGCUCAGCAGUUUGAGGUUGCAAUGAGCCGUGAUUUCACUACUGAACUCCAGCCUGGGCAAAAGAGUGAGACCCUGUGUCUCAGCAAAAGAGAGAGAGAAACAGACAGACAGACAGCAAGGAGCAGGUGGGUUAUAAUGUUGGAGUCCCUGCACCAAGCAGAGCCUGAUGCCCGCCCUUGCUCUGAGCUUCCUAGUUGUAUGAACUGACUACCAGGCCAGUUGGGUUGGGUUUCCAGCCCUGUGCUCUUAUCUGUCCUCACUGAUAGACAAAAAUAACUCAUUAGUCGGUUCUCAGACCCACAGUCCCAUGACAUUUCUUGACCGUUUCAGAAGUAAUACCUCAAGGGCCAGCCUGUAGAAAGUGGAGGACCUGCCCCCUGGACCUUAGAAGUCGCAGCCACUCUUAAAAAUGCAAGGACAACAGAUGUCACCAUGACUGAAAAAUAGAGGCUGACCCUGCCUCUGAAGUUGCUGCGAUUGACUCGUGUUCAAGGAGAUAUUAGCUGUCACUUCCUUUCUUGUGAUAUAGUCGGCCUCAUCAUUAAGCUGCAAUCAGCCAGAAGCGUAGCUGUGCCCCUGGGAUUGAAAUCAGCAGUCAGUCUGGACAUGCUUUUUCCAUCUUCAUGAAGUACCGCCCCAGUACCAACCAAAUUUAUCAUAGAUGGAAUUGAUUUGAACUCAGGAAAUCCUCAAAUAGGCCAGAACAAUUCACUAAUUAAAUUCAUCCCCAAAACAAAAACAAAAACAAACAAACAAACAAAAACACGAAAAAACAACCCACAUGAUAGGAAAAAAAUUUGCAAAUUAUAUACCUGAUAUAGAACUUGUAUUCAGAACAUAUAAUGAACUCUUACAACUCGAGAAGACAGGUAACCCAAUUAAAAAUUCUUCUAAAAAAGAAAACCGAAUUUAAAAAUGAAGACAA